UCUAUUUUGGACGUUUAGCCAAAACAAAACUGGACGACCAACUUCUGUACAAAUAGGAGGAUAUCACUUCCACUAAAUGACGAUGUUACUAGAAGUACUCGGUCAUUCUAUGCUUUGUGAUUGAUGCUGUUCAGUUUGUAAAAAUGGGAUGGGAAUAUCAAACAGAGCAAGAAGGAGAAGACAUAAUUUCUCCAGUUGGUUUAAGGAUGGCGAGCAGGCCAGUAUCUAUCCUGGAGCUGGUGACUCUGAGGGAAUAUGCCCCUUUGGAUUCCCUCUUUCGGCUGCUUCCCAAGAAGGCUCAGAGAGUACUUGCUCUCAGUCAGGCCAACAUUGAUGUAGAAUUGACGUGUGUUGAUGCAAGCAGCGAAUUCAUUGUGCUAGGAUCUAACAUCUCUAUCGUGUAUGUGUUUGACAGGCAGGAGCAGCAGCUAGCAAAGUUGAGAUGUGAGGAUAAGUACUGUCAGGUAACUAGUGUAAAGCUGUUGACUUGCUUGGAUCAUCAACUGGCUGUAGGGACUUCCAACGGACAUGUUGAGAUCUUUCUACUUCCAUCAAGAUCACAUGGACAUUCAGUACAGGCCAAGAAAUUUGUGAUAGAGAACUUGCACCAAACCAACCCUGUGACGUGUCUAGAAUGGAGUAGUAACGGUAUGAAACUCUUUUCUGGAGACAGCCAGGGUAGAGUGGUCCAGACAGCGGUAGACUUCUAUGAGAAUCAAUGUCAAGCGUCAUGUGUGGUAACAGAGGAGGAAGCUGUGGUACAGCUCAGCUAUGCCCACAAGAAACUGCUUGUAUCCACCACAGCACGCACUAUCAUCUGCACACCAGAGGAUGAUAACAAGAUAGUACAGGUCGGACAGCAGCCCAGGAAGUCCAAAGGUAGCUAUGGUGCCCACUUUGUGCCAGGCCUCUGCAAACCCAGCGAUGCCACCACCUACAUCUCCAGACCGGGCUGGAGACUAUGGCACACCAACACCGAGGGGACUGUCCUGGAAACCAUCAUGUUCAAAGACCUCAUCAGCAAGGAGCAUCCGUCGAUCGAACUGCUUCCAGAUACCCCACCUGAAAUCAUCCCACCACCUACCGAACUCCAGCUUGGCCACCUGUUCCCGUUCAGCAAUGGCCUGCUGGUGAGCUGGUCUCUGUCGGCCAUCGUGAUCCUGCAGCCCUUUGGACCGGAGGGGGCGCUAGUCGUUGGCAGUAAUUUUGGAGAGCUUGGAAACUUGGUUUCAGUGGCUGUGACCAGGCAUGAGAUAUUUGCUCUGAGGAAGGGAUGUGAUAGAUGUCUGGUCCGCAUUGCUACUGCUCCUGAAAUGAAUCUCACUAGAGAACCCUCUAAAUCAGAGAAGGACUUUGGUAGAAUCCAGACAACCAAGCUGAACGUUGUUGAUAACCCUUUCCAGAUGAUCUUGGUUCCUAGUGCACAAGUGUCAUCUGACAGAAUGACUUCUACUAAACUGAAGAACAAAUUCAGCUCCAUGCGGGGCUUUCUCAGCAAAGCAGCAGAUGACUUGGCUGAUAAAGCUGCUGAAACAAAGAAUAAAAUGGAGAAGAAUCUUAAGGGUUCCUUGAAGUUGAAUCUUCCAAUCCCAGAACAGUCUGAGGACAAUGUGAGCAUUAAGAGUGAUAGAUCAUCCAUCAAUGAAGGUGACCAGCAGAGCUCCGAUCCAGGGACCCCUGAAGCAAUGCUUUCAGAUAAAUUGUUUGUGUCUGUCAUAAAUGCUAGCAACAUGAGUGGGGAGAGAUCCCCAACCUCUCCAACUGCACCGCCGUUCAGAAGCCCAGCCACUUCCUUCAGCAAGCAUGCUGAUCGCAGUAGAUCAAACUCCAACGUGAAAGGAGUGAAUGGACAAGCAAGCAGUGUCAAUCAGACGAAAGCAGAUGGACCUAAUACGGAAGGAGUGACUGCGACAGAGGAGGAGAGUACAGCCAUAGCUGGAGACAACCCUAAGGAAACCUUCAGCAGUGCCAUUGAAGUGACGGCUCUGAAAGGCAGAAAGAACAGUGCUGCAGAUAGGGCAGUAUCCAUUGUAAUCACUGAGGACCCAGGUGAGGAUCAGUCAGCAAAGGUCAUGGAGAACCUGAGCAAAAGACUGUCGUACGCAUCAAAGAGUAAUCCAGACAAUUUUGAGAACAUUGGCAGUGGUUAUUCAUCUAGCAUUGUUUUCCAGACAAAGCCCAAAUCAAAAACGAGGAAGAAGAAGAAAACAGUCAAAGGCAAUAAAGGUGUUGCUACUAUUGGUGAGGUUGGCCAACAGUCCCCUUUCAGUAAAGGUCUUGACAGAGAUCAACCACCCAGUCCUAGUCCUAGUCCUGCUAUGACACCCAAGUUAGGAUCUAUUCAAGAAGGAGAGGCUCUAGAAACAGGAGCAUCCAUGAGACCAGGGGUUGAUCCAGAGGCAGUUGCAGAAAGGUUAAGAGCAUUUCCUGGUUCCUCCAUGAGGAACGGCAUUGAGGAAGAUUCUAACAAGAUAGGUGAUAGAGGAUCCAACUCUGCUCAUCCUGAAGAGAGAUUGCUUGGUGCAAUGAAAGAUGGUACAUUAGGGGAACCAUCGCCAGCACCGACUUCUCCCAAGCUUAGCAUCUAUACACCUCCUCGAUCGCUGAGAUCCGAUGCUGAUGAACUCAUGAAAGCAAAUAUUGCUGAGAACUCUAUCAGUGAAACAUUAGAAUUAAACACACCUCAGAACCCAUACAGAAUCGAUCCUGCAAGUAACAACCCUUCAGACUCUGGAUAUCCAGUGAAUGGUCUUAGAUUGGCAGGUACUGGAUUGAGCAUCAGCCUACCAAGGUCUUUGAACUCUAAUGAUAUGCUACCAAAGAAGGAAGGUGAUGAACUGUCCCCAAUAGUCAGUCCCAGGUCGCCGAGGUCACCGAGGUCACCAAGACGGACGUCUGCUGAGGAAGAAGAAGGAAGACAGGCUAGAAGGUUGGGUAUUAUCAUGGAGGACUUUAACUAUAAUGAUGUUCCUGAGGAAGAUAAACAACCAAGCCCAACCACCUCUCCACGUCCACUUUCUCCAGCAGCAGCCAAAGAAAAUACAGAUGAUGUAGCUCCAUUGCCAUUCUUGCCACCAAGAAAGAAGCACAUGCUCUUCAAUAAUGUUAUCAGACAGUCUGCAGCAGGUUCAAGACCUACAUCUGAGUUUGAGGAUAUCUACUCUGAGUACAGACAGACAGUGAUCAUGAUGAGAGAGUCUAUUUAUAUUGAAGAUCCUCCCAAGCCUGUUCAUAAAGAGGAUCAAAAGGAAACCGCCAAUAGCGACAACUCAGAGACAGAGAGCCAAGAAUCUGAUGAAGGAGAGGAAGGAGAAACAUCGCUACCUGAUAGCAUACAGCAGAAGCUUGCUGGCAGCUGGAUGCAAUGCUCCACACCAAACUACAUUUACCAGCUUGUAGCAUCUGAACGUCACAUCUGGUAUGUGGACAACCGUGACAAGGCCCACCACAGUCUUACCUCGGCCAUCGCCUGUAAAUGGAGCAAGCUGAAAGAUGCACCCUGCCGCUUGUUGGCGGUGUCCCCAUCUGGCAGCAUAGUAUGGCGUGUGAAUCCCAAGACUAGUCAUGCUUGCUCCAGUACAGCCAUCACCCAACGCAGUCAUGUUGGCUACCGAUGGAUCGAUGCCUCCAAGGAUGUGUCCCAUGUUUGUCUUGAUGAGAACAUGGCAUGGAUCAUCAAGAACAAUGGACAGCUGUGUGUUCAUAAAGGCCUCAGUCGAGACAAACCUUACACCAAGGACACCUUCAUUGACAGCAAUGUUCAUGCAGUGCAGAUUGCAGCCAACAAUGGUGCUGUGUGGGCCAGGACAUCAACAGACAAGGUGGUGUACAGAGCAGGAAUUACCCUUAAGAAACCUAGUGGUCAGAACUGGAUGGAACUGCCAGAUGAUGAGAACUUGCGGAUGGUGUGUAUCGCUCUGGACUCCAGGAACACAGGCUGGGCCAUCGAUGAUGGUGGUAUGGUGUGGUUCAGGACAGGAGUCACAGCAGAGAAACCCAUGGGAGAUGACCAGAAAUGGUGGCAGGUGUGUAUGAGUGAGUAUCUGAUGGAGGAUCCCAAUGUGCUGCGUAUGAUGGUCAACAUGGCAGGGUCAGCAACCAAGGUGGACAGAGUGGUCAAUUGGCUCAAGAAACAGUGCUACAAGGCUACAGCCAUCGCUGCUAACUCAUCAAGCGUGUGGGUGUGCAGCUCCUAUCACUAUAAGACUACACUGCAUGUGUCCAGGGGCAACCUUCUUGGGUCUCGUUGGGAGCUGUCCAACCCUGUUGGUCUAGCAGCAUCAGCUACCUGGAAGUGUGUCUGUGCUUCACCAUCGUACGGUCCUAGUGGUAUGAUUUGGGCCCUGCAGACCAGCGGAGAGAUCUUCUGCUUCUCUCCAGAGAACCGUAAACCCAACAUGGUACAGUCACCUGAUCAUGUGGCCUUUGAGUACAUUGGAGCUACGUCUGACUCCGUCUGGGCUCUCUCAAGCAACUGGGAUGUCUAUGUCAGGAUGAACAUCUCUGAACGCUGUCCGGGAGGUACACUGUGGAAGAAACUGAAUCUAAAUCAGUUUGGUACCCGUCGCAUCGUUCACUUCACCCUGGGCAGUGAGACGGUGUGGGCGGUGGAUUCUGUAGGUGACAUUCACUUCCGGUAUGGCGUCCAUCUCCCCAAGCAUGAUGCCCUCCCUCUGGCCUGGGUCCCGGUGGAUGGGAAACCGGUCGGCUAUGGCGUCUACUUCACCAAUGUCUUCUGUGGUCCUUCCAACAACAUAGUAUGGGCCAUUGACAAUAAGAAGAAUGUCUACGCCAGGCAGGGGGUGUGCAAGAGUAAUCCUAUUGGACUCGGAUGGGAGCCAGUGGAAGGUACCCAGGCUACUCAGCUGUGUAUGAGUUCUGACACUGUGUGGGCACUUUGUCCUAAUGGGGAGCUGGCUUGUCGCUUUGGCAUCUCUGCUGAUAAUGCUACAGGGGACUAUUGGAAGAAGAUAUCAGGCAACUUCAAAUAUGUGACAGUUUCUCAGAAUGAUGAACUAUGGACAGUCAACAGUGAUGGACGUCUCUUCCAUCGACUCACCAAGAUGUUCAUCCGCAGCUCAUCCACCAAAGCUGCAUCCAUAGAAAGCACUCUACCAGGGGAAGAUGAUUGGGAGCUACUCUAGACAUCUUAGACACUCUACCAGGGGAAGAUGAUUGGGAACUACUCUAGACAUCUCAGACACUCUACCAGGGGAAGAUGAUUGGGAACUACUCUAGACAUCUCAGACACUCUACCAGGGGAAGAUGAUUGGGAGCUACUCUAGACAUCUCAGACACUCUACCAGGGGAAGAUGAUUGGGAACUACUCUAGACAUCUCAGACACUCUACCAGGGGAAGAUGAUUGGGAGCUACUCUAGACAUCUUAGACUCUCUACCAGGGGAAGAUGAUUGGG